UUUUUUUUUUUUUUUUCAAGUUCUCUCUCCUUUUCCGAUCCUUUUUUGGUUAAUAGUAGAGUUCCCUAUUUUCUCCGUCUUCCUCUUUGAAACAACCUCUCAACUAUAAAUACUUAGUCCCUUCUUUUCUUACAUCUCAUUUGCGUCUAAUGACAAAGCCCAAACUAGCAACCUUUUUGUGAUCGAGAAAGAAAAAAUGGACCAAGAUGAUGCACUAUUAUUUGACAAUGAUGAUAACGUGGAUCUUACAAAAACCUACAAAAGAGCCAGAAAGCUUACUUUGAAAAAGCAAGAGGGCCUUGCCAAAACUAAUUUUCCAGAGUCAAUUGUUUCCCUGAUUAAUGAUUCAACCCUGGAUCAUAAUCCAAGUUCUAUAUCUGGAAAGUCACAAGUUGUCUUCACAGAGAUGGGAGAAUUUGUCUCGGGUCUUCUUCUUCAUGAAUUAAAAGAACAAAAACCUAGUAUUAAUGUGCUGCCAAAUCACUCAACCAAGAAAGAGGAGAAACCAGUUAUAACUCCAGACGAGAAAAUACGUGAAGUUCCAAUUGGCAAAGGUUUAUCAGAGGUUCUCAAAUUAAUGAGAGAACGAGGUACACUCAAAGAAGAUAUUGAAUUGGGUUGUCGAAACACGGACAAGAAGAAAAGCAAGCUCGUAGACGUUCGUUGUGAUGAGGAAGGGGAAAAAGAAAUACACAUUGAGAGGACUGAUGAGUAUGGAAGAAAUCUAACUCCAAAGGAGGCUUUUCGGGUGUUUUGCCAUGGAUUUCAUGGGAAGGAGCCUGGAAAAAAGAAGCAAGAAAAACGUAUGCGGCAAUACCAGUUGGAGCUGAAGAUAAAAAAGAUGAAAAAUUAAGAUACUACAUAACCGUCCGAAGUUUUACACAGAAGUUGCCUGCCGUGCUUUCUGUUCUAAGAGUAAGCUUAGUUAGCAUUCUAUUAUUGAAUAUAAUGCAAACUUAGGGGAAAUUCAAACAUUCAGGAUAGACCAAAUAACCAAUAGAUUAUUCUAAGAAAUUGGGAACUUAUUAAGUAGGCGUUUGGCCAUAGAUACCAAAAACAAAUUCACUUUUUUUGGAAUUUUUGAAGUUGGAGUUGGAGUUGUGUUUGGCCAUAGUUUUUGGUGAAAUGUAGUUGUAAAAAAGUGAAAAAAGUGAAUUUUUUUUGAAAAACAAGUUUUUUGAGUUUUUGGUAUUAUGAAGUUGUAUUUGGAACAUUUAUGGCCAAACGCUCAAAAGUGAAAAAAGUGAAAAAAAAAUCCGGAAAAAAGUGAAUAAUUUUUAUGGCCAAGCGGCACCUAAGAGUAUUACAUACAAUAGCUUCAUCUUUACAAUCUGGAACUGCAGAUUUAGUUGAAUGUCUCGAGGCACUCAAAGAAUGCAGAAGAAGAGGGAGGAUCGUCUAGGAGUUUCCUGACUUAUUUCCUUCUCCUGUACAGGUAUAUAGUAUAUAUGACUCUUUUAUGUGUUUGUCUCUGUUUAUUGAAUGAUCUCCGAAUCACUUCUGAUUUCAUCGUGAAAUUCCUUGAUUCUUUUCCUCUGCAAUCUCAUUUAAUGUGCCAUCUGUAUGGAUUAUACAUCAAAGUUUCAUUCGAAAAAACUCUUCUUUUCUUUUUUGGUUUACGUGGUGACCAUGUUUGAUCUUGUGAGUUUGAGCGGAUAAGAAAGUCUUCUCAUAUUUUUUUUUAGUUCUAUCCUAUCUCAUCACCAACCGUUCAGCGGUCACAUAUUUUAAUCAUAUCUUGAUUUAUAUAUCAUCAUUCAAAAUUAUAUAUGCAGACGUCUUACGUUUAAAGUGAAAGAUUAGUAACGACAGGAGGAAGAAAAAUCCUGCACAAGAUGAAGGUCAGUGAUCAGAAUAAUUUUGUUCCUUGUUUUGAUUCCUUAAGGUGAGUUUUAGAUACUUAAACAAGAAUGAUGUCCAUAAGGUUAUACUUCAACGCAUCCCAACAGGCAUCUGUUGGCACAUCUGGAAAAAUAGAUGUUCAGCGAGAUUUGAUAAUCAUAAAAUGUCUGACUUCAUAAUCCAACAAGUGAUCAAGUUCAUUAAAUUGAUCAUCAAGCUGCAAUUCCCUGAUCUGCAGUUACCUACAACUUGGCAUGAUGUUUGUAGGACAGUUGAUCAUUUGUUUCUAAGGCUGUUUACUGGCUUAAACGUAGGGUUAAACUUAAUGCGGAUAGCUGCAGUAAAGGGAAUCCUGAUUCUUCAGGAGGUGAUGGUAUUAUUAGGGAUCACAAUGGAGUUACCAUUUGUGCUUUUGCUGAGUUUUAUGGUGAUUGCAGUAACAAUCUUGCAGAAGCUAAGGCAAUGCUCAAAGGUGUCAGUUUGUGUCUCAACAAUGGCUUCACUAAUGUGAUUGUAGAGUCUGACUCUAUGAUUGUUCUAGAACUGAUUAAGAGAAUUAAAAAGCCACCAAGGCAACUCAGUCAGAUUAUAUAACAGAAAUAAUCAAGAAUGGAAACUUCAACUUUUUUUUUCAUACCCUAAGAGAGGGUAAUAAUACAGCAGACGUUCUUGCCAAUUUAGGAGAGGAGUCCAAGACUACAUCUAUCUUCAUUGGGGAUGUUUCCACUCCCAUUGUUAGAGCCUCAAUGAAGUUGGGAGCUGAUGGAUUACCAAAUUUCAGGUUCAGAAAGAAGAAGAACAGAUAUGUCAUCAAUGCCAGUGGAUAAUCUUUUGUUAAUACUUGCCACUGUGUACAUAGCAUCCCCUAAUGGUGCUACAAAUCUCUUAGAAACUUUCUGCCACUUCUAUGAGCAAGCUGGAUAUUUUUGUGUACAUAGACAAUUCUCAUUCUGUUAUGGAGGCCAAGGUUUAUGUCCUCCUCCGUGUAAUUAUGAUUUUUGGUAAAUAUGCAGGUUGUAGUCAUGCCUAAACUCCUCCAUUAUAUAGAUGGACCUUACAAAUAAUUUUAAAAAAACAAUAAUGCUGAAUAAUGCAGGGUGUAAAGUGCGUGUACGCAUUUGACAGGAAAAGAGCCCAUUUUGUGUUAGUCUCAAGGUUUUGUUUCUUGGGUCAUUGAGUUCUUGUUGAAUUUAUAAGAAUCAAAAUCAGUGGAAUAAAUUUGAAUAUCUUGAUGCAGUAUUAG